GAUGACGCAUUCGUUCUAAUAAAUACGUCUUGUGUAGCAACUCUGAAAGGCUAGGCUAGCUCAACGGCAAUAAGAGAUUGAUUGGAGGUCGUAUUUCCCGAAAAGCAACAAACUUGAAAAUGACAUACAGAAGAGACAGAAGUAUACGGGAGGUGUAUGAAGACCGCUUUAUGCAAGAAAGGCCAGGUCCGUAUCCAAGGGCAGCCGGAGCCAUCGAGAGGAGAGGCCCGUUUGGCAGACCGGAGGAUGAGUACGGUCGAGGCGGGUAUGAAUACGAAGGAGGUCCCCGUUUUUACCCGAAUGGAGGCGGCCCUCGAGGUUUCCAUGACGAUCAGAGGGGCUACCAAGUGGAGGGCCACCACUUUCCUGAGCGCAGAGCAAUCCCACCAGCACGAAGGGAAGACUUUCCCUACAGAGUACCGAGAGAAGACCCUCAUGCGGGACGAUCCUUGGAGUUUGGUGCUCGUGCACCUCCACCUCCCAGUGUGAGAAGCCAGGGCGUUUAUCCAGCUGCCAGAUCGCUGCCAGAAAGCGGGGAAGACACAUUAGUGCAAGCCAUCCGCAACCUGGACAGAGGGGAGGAAAGGGAUCCUUACAGGAGGAAGGCGGCCCUGUUUCCUCCCCUAAGAGAACGCUCCCCUGUCCGCCGCGAGGUGGCCCGCUCCCCUCACAGUCGCUCUGGCUCCAGCGUGAGCAGCAGAGGCUACUCGCCAGACAGGGCAAAGAACCUGCCUUUUUCCACACAGCAAGGCAAGAAUUUGGACGGUCCAGAGAGUCACACAGGUGUUUCUGAGCACCUGUGGGGGGGGCUCUUUCCUCAGAGCGGACAUGACAUUUUGGGGUAUGAAGAAACUUAUACUGAGUCCAAGAUUAUUGUUCAAGCUUCACUGACCCGAGAAGCAUCACCACAUCUCAAUGCUGCCACCGCCUUGUUUCACAGCUACUGUGUUCGAGACAAAAUUCCUGGCUUGUCACGAGAAGGCUCCCCACAGAGUGCGACAUCAAACAAGGAGGAAAGUAAUCCUCCAGAGGCAGAAAAGGAGGAACCAAUCGUGGCCCCGGUCACUGAAGACAGCAAAAAGUCUACAGAGAACCUAGAAGAGAGGCGAACCAUGGCCAUCGCAGCCAAAGCCAAGGAGAUAGAAAAGGUCUACAGGCAGGAUUGCGAGACGUUCGGAAUGGUGGUCAAAAUGUUGGUGGCAAAGGAUCCCAGCUUGGAGAAGCAGCUGCAAGUCCCGCUCAGGGAGAACCUCGGGGAGAUACGCGAGCGCUGCCUGGAGGACCUCAAGCACUUCAUCAAAGAGCUGGAUGAGGACGUCCGGUUUCCAGAACCCUUCGUCUGUGACUCCGUCACUCCUGCCAUGACCCAGAAACUCUUAAAAACCGGAGUGAACCACAGCUAAUCCUCUUUCUGGUGCGCUUCGUCUACGUCCGCUCCGAUUAAUGUGAGACUGAGAAUUUUUAUUUUAUUUUUAUUUUUUUCGGAUUAACAGCUCAGAUUUAGGAUUGCUGGACUUGAACAUACUGCAGGUCACAGCAACCUGAGGAACUCAUCGCAGGAGCGAACAGUGUUAUUUUUGAAUGGACCAUUUUUACCUUCAAGUUUUCUAUGAAAAAUGUAAAAACAUUAAAGUUUUUUUUGUUUAAAUAUUUAAAAACAACAAGUCCUCCAUGGCUCUUAUGAUGUUUAGUAUGCCAUUCAGUUUUGAAGCAUGAUCUCACAUUUAGAAAGUUUUGUUUUCUGAUGUGUAACUUGAAUAAAUAUGUAUCACUCGGUGCUGCAAUAGACAGAAA